AUGGACAAAGAGUUCUUUCUCUGGUGCGCCGUGUACGACAACAACGCGACGGAAGUCGCCCGCCUCGUGUGUACCGGCGUCAACCCCAACUACUGCGAGAACGAGUUGAACGUGACACCCGUGCAUUAUGCGACGAGUGCACGGAACCUCCCGAUGGUUUCACAGCUUCUCGUGGCGCUGGUCGACGUGGACAUCCCCGACCACACUGGCGCGACGCCGCUGCACACGGCCGCGACGGCAGGUCAUGUCGGCCUCGUCCAAGCUCUACUCGGUGCCAAUGCGUCGGUGGAUCGCCAAGCCAACGACGGCACGACACCGUGGGAACGGGCCCGCGCCGGCGGUCACACCGAGGUUGCCCAGCUGCUCUUUGACCGUCUUUUGCGGAUGGCCGUCAAUGCUGGGAACCUCAACUACGCAAAGCAGCUGCUGGAUGCAGAGUCCCACGAGGCGGGUCGGCUGCCGCUGCACUAUGCCGUACAACGCAAAGACCCGGCUCUUCUCCACCUCUUGCUCAGCGACCCGAGCUUGGACAAGAACGCACUUGACGCAGACGGCUACUCGGCGUUGGCGCGGACGGCGGCCGCCAGCGAAGACGGGUGUGCGUGGAAGCUUCUUCGCGCAGGGCUUGUCAUUCGUUCUGCAGACAUGACCGCUGCGUCCCCGCUGCAUCUCGCCGCGGCGCUCGGCCACACGAGCAUUCUGGGAAUGCUUCUCGCCAACCCGACAACCAACCUCGAUGCGUUCGACAAGAACCACUGCACGGCCCUCGUCCUUGCCGUGGCGAGCAACCAUGUGGCUGCCGUCGAAAUGCUGCUCGUCGCGGGCGCCGACACGUCAAUUCCGUUCCCGAACGGGGCGACGAUCCUCGCCGGCGCCGUGCGACUCGGGCACCAUGCGCUUGCCCAGACCCUGCACGACCGCAUCUACAACCGUGUCGCUUCGAUCACGGCGCAAGACUUGAAGUUCGUCGCGAACGGAGGGAUUGGGGCGGGUGGCCAAGGCGUUGUUGUCAAAGCCGUGUACAACGAGGACCUCGUGGCCGUCAAGAAAUUGGCCCCCGGCGCGCGGCGUGAUGCUAUUUUGAGUCUUCGCUACGAGAUUGCCGUGACGCGCAUGUCCGUGAUCGUCCUCUCGCAAGACAUUUCUUGA